CUGGCAGGAGUGUUUGUGGCUGGUGUGUGUGGUGGACAAACCAGUCAUUGUAUACUUGCUAGGUGACCCACACGGGUUUACUGCUGUGUUUUUUAUAUUAAUUCAUUAGUACUAAUCCUUGUUUAUCGGUGGAAUGGCUACUUCAAAGCAAGGAGACUGUCUAAUGCCAGGGUCAUGCCGCUUCGGGGAGGGCCGUGUGGCACUAGUGACAGGAGGCGCCCGCCGGGUAGGACGCACCAUCACUACAGCACUACACAAGCACCACUUCAACGUUAUUAUACACUAUAACUCCUCCAGGGACCUUGCGCUAGAGCUUGCUGCUCUCCUCAACAGUGCCAGGCCGGACAGUGCCCAGGUCAUCACAGGUGAUCUCUCUAAGGACGUGGCACAAACUGCCCACCGCCUGGUAGCUGAGACAGUUCAAAAAUGGGGUCGACUUGACCUCCUGGUCAAUUCUGCUGGUGACUACUUUGCUACCUCGUUAGAAGACGCCUCUGAGCAUGACUGGGACAAACUGGUCAAUAUUAAUAGCAAGGCUCCAUAUUUUCUCAUUCAGGCAGCAGCACCUCACCUGAGGAAGGUGGGAGGCAGCGUGGUGAACAUCGCAGACAUCCUUGGUGAACGUCCCAGUGGACCAUUUAGUAUAUAUUGCACCACCAAGGCUGCUAUCAUCAUGAUAACCAAGAGCCUUUCUCUUGAACUUGGGCCACAGGUGAGGAUCAACUAUGUUAACCCCGGAGCAGCCAUGUGGCCAGAGAAUUCUGAUGUCACCUUCAAAGAGGAGUGGUUAUCGAAGACACCCCUGGGACGGCCAGGCACGGGGGAGGAGGUGGCUGAUGCUGUAGUGUUCUUGGCUUCACCCUCUGCUGCCUACAUCACCGGCAGUGGGAUCAAUGUCUGUGGUGGACGCUCAGUCUCCAAUUAGCAUACAAACACUUGUUUCUCCACUACCGCCAACAGCAAAGAUUAGAACUUUCAACAGCAAAGGAAGAUGGGAUACAUCUUAAGGCAAUCAGAUGCAACAAAACCAAUGGGGUCAGACAGGAUAUCAUCAUUGAUAUUACUAAGAGCAGAGGAACUGUGCAAAAAGUUGAUAGAAACAGGGCAUCUGUCAGAUAGAUAAAACACUGCAAAUGUGAUUCCAGCAUACAAGAAAUAAAAUAAGACAUACUGUACUAUAAUAUUAUAAUCAUGGAAAGUGCUAAUCCUGCUUGGAUCAUUUAGUACUGACACUCUAGGCCAGCCUCACUGGCUAGCAUACUAGCUACAGUACUAGAAAAAUAAUAAGAGGACUGGAGCCCCUUGAAAGAAAUGGACAUCUGAACUGUUGUAUGUGUGCCUCUGCAAAGACAGUGAUUAUGUGUGGAUGGUGAAAGUGUUUCUUGGGUCACCCUGUCUAAGUGGAAGACAGCUGACGUGUUGAAGAAAAAAACUAGCACAUUGCGAGAUGGUUAAUACCGUCUCAUGAAUCUCCUAGUUUUAUGACAGUAACUGAAAGGGAGAGUAGAUAUAAUUCACUAGCUCAAUUAUUAUUAUUAUUAUUAGUAGUAGUAGUAGUAUUAAAUUAAAGGGGAAGCUUUGAACCCAUAAGGAUCAUACAUCCCCAAGUAAGUGGGAAGUGUUGGGGUACAGAGGUUUGAUAUGAGGAUAAGAAUGGUAGUUACAAUUCCUUAGAUCAGCAGCCUUUCACCAGCAUGAAGGUAUAUCCCCCUGGAAGGGUAACUAGUAGUAUUGCAUAAGCUUAGGUGGCGAGUAGAGUCCCUAGAGGAUCAGUGCUUGGGCUCUUACUUUUCCUGAUAUACAUAAGUGACCUGCUGGAGAAAAGUGAGUCCUGUGUAUCACUUUUCUUUUUUGCUUUUAAAAGAUGUAAAAUUAAUGAAUAAACUGCAUAAUAGUCAAAAAGUACAUGAAUUCCAUGAGAGAGAUGACCACACAAACUUGCACACGAAAAUCACUCACUACGAAAGCAAAAGACUUGGCAGACGAUGCAACAUCCCCCCAAUGAAAAGCAGGGGUGUCACUAGCACGUUAAAGAGACCAUACAAUAAGUGUCAUGGGCCCGAGACUGUUCAACUGCCUCCCAGCAUACAUAAGGGGGAUUACCAACAGACCCCUGGCAGUCUUCAAGCUGGCACUGGACAAGCACCUAAAGUCGGUUCCUGACCAGCCGGGCUGUGGCUCGUACGUUGGUUUGUGUGCAGCCAGCAGCAACAGCCUGGUUGAUCAGGCUCUGAUCCACCAGGAGGCCUGGUCACAGACCGGGCCACGGGGGCGUUGACCCCCGGAACUCUCUCCAGGUAAACUCCAGGUAUCCAUUAAGGUCCUUGGCCUCAAUAUAGUAUGUUUGACUAUUUUCAGUUCAGUUAUUAUUAUUACUGCAUUAUAAUCAAAACUAAGCACUAAACCCACAAGGGUCAUAUAGCACUGACUAUAGUCACACAAUAAAAAGAUAUCUGGAUCCACUAUAAGUUAUAUUGAAGGUAGGAAGGUUGAUACACAUUUUACUUUUUAUCAAAUGUUUUUAUUACAGCUAAUAUACUCUCCUACACCACAAAUUUUGGAAACCUCAUGUGAGGCUCUUGCCUACCUUCACAAUUUUCUACGUUUGAAUUCUUCCAUAAAUUCCUUCCAAUCCUAUGCAUUUUCCCAAUACUCCCAUGCAUUAGCUCAAAUAUUUUAUUCAUGAAAAAGUGCUACAUUAAUACACUGGAUUCAUACGGCGCUAAAAUUUUGACUAGGUGGAAAUAUCCUCACUGUUUAAACCAAAGAAAAUGUUUGAUUCUUCAUCCAUGGAAGACAAUAGUCACCUAAGCACAGUUCAUGGAAUCACCCACCUUGUAUUAUUAUUACAUUCCAUGAAGGAUGGGUGGAGAUGCUGCAUUUCAGGUCAUUGGAACUGUAUGUCCACACAUUUCUGGUAAGACAACCAUUAAAUAAAUGGUACUGAUUGUUUUCUUCUUUAGGUACACAGUGCCUUGGUGAUUAUAUUUAGGGGAAGCACUAAACCCAUAGGGAUCAUACAGUACUUUUGGGAUUGUGAAUUAUUAUUAUAAUCAAAACCAAGUGCUAUACCCACUCAGUGGGGAAUGUGAAACAGUCGAAUUUCAUCCAAGGAAGACAGGCCUGGUUUUCUGCUCAGCCUUCAAAAACAGUCAGUGUAGUGAAAAAACUGAAAAGCAUCAAACCUGUAUAAGUCAUUCAGCAUUACAUGGUAGCAGUGAGAGAGAAAGAGGAGAGGUACUGAUGUUGUCUCACCUUCCGGUACCUCUCUUUCUCUCACCCCUACCAUGUAAUACUGACUGACCUGUACAGGUUUACUGUUUUCCAAGAAGGAGGGGAUUCCCCAGCCAUCUAAAGGUGGCUCAACUAGAAGCACAAUGUAUACAGGAGGAUCCUGCAUAUACAUCUCCUUUUCAGUGUUCCACAUUUUCGCUGGCUUCAAACUGAAUGACUGUCAGUAGCGGGUGGAACAAGGCUCAAUUGAAAGCCAAUGAAAACAUGGAACAUAGAAAAGAGGUGCUGUAUAUGCAGGGCCCUCCUGUAUCAGAGAAUACCAGGGUUAACUCCUCUGGUUAACAAUAAAUACCUGGUACCCAAACCAUAUAUAGACAUGGAAAAAGGAACCAGAUUUUUUUUUUUUUUUCAACAAGUCAGCCGUCUCCCACCGAGGCAGGGUGACCCAAAAAAGAAAGAAAAUCCCCAAAAAGAAAAUACUUUCAUCAUCAUUCAACACUUUCACCACACUCGUACAUUAUCACUGUUUUUGCAGAGGUGCUCAUAAUACAACAGUUUAGAAGCAUACACAUAUAAAGAUACACAACAUAUCCCUCCAAACUUAUUUAAGAAUUACAAAUACUCAAAUUAACUAAAUUCUGUGACAUUGUAAUUAUGUACCUCAAGCACGAAAUAUAGACAGAAUACACAAUAAUGCAAAACUCUUGCAACAAAAGUAUCAAAUUACAUUUCAAAAGGAGGGAUUGUCUGAAGCUGACCAUUUUCUGUCACAACCCUCAAAUUGUGAUGACAUGUACAUUACUGUAAUAACUGGCCACUUUAGCAUUUAAGAUUUUCAUACAUUUAACUUUGGUAUGCAAGAUUUUACUGUAUACUGUAGUGAAUAUAAAAAUAAAGGGACUUCAUAUAAAAUGUUCAACAUAUUUACCCAAAAUAGAAAUUAAAUGAUUUCAAAUCUGAAUUUAUUCAAUUUUAAAAUAUAGAGGAAAGUACUAAUAUGCCAAUAGUUAUAGACUACUGGAACAAACUGCAAAGUUUUUUCACAUACACAAGUGGGAAUGGUUGGGCAAAAGAUGGAUUUGUCUAGCAUGGUUCAGUAGCCCUACUACAGUGCUCUCCUAUUAAUAUUUUCAUGCUCUUAUAUAUAAAUAAAAACAUUGGUUUUGCAAUAGUUCUAGAUGAGUGGAAUGUUAUAAGGGACAUUGAAGACGAGUGGAAUGUAUGAUACAGAACCUACUCUAUUCUUGUGCUUACUAUAGGGGUUACAAUUUAUAAAUUUCAACCUUUCAUAAAUGUCCAUGAAUAAGUUGAUCUAAUCUCCCCCCCCAUCCCCCCACCAAAAAAAAAUGGCCUUAGAACCUCAACCUAUACUCGAUUAUAUACGGUAUGCCAUAAAUUGACAUGUAAGUACUAUUUCAAAAACGAAAGAGGGUUGAACUUAACAUUCAUAAAAUAAAGAAGUAAUAGCUAUAUUUUCUGAUGUUGCUUAGGAGUGGAAUCAACUGGAUAGGCAUUACCCAAACUCCCAUUCAGCUGGCUGCACCUGAGGUGUAUUAACAAGGGUAUCACAAGUUUGGUCAGAUUUAGUUAUACACCACAAAGGCAAGGUAGCCAUUAUUUAAAAUGCACUUUUUAUUUUUCAAGUUUAAGUCUAUUCUAGGCCAUCUCCUUUACAUAAUUUUUUUAUACAGGAUAUAUACAGUACUGCAUCUACAGUAGUUUUAUUAUACAGUAGUACAGAUAUGAAAAUUCUUCAGAUCAACAAAAGCUGGAAAAUUGGAUACAUCAAACAUACAUUUAUAUCCCACAGUCAUGUCACACAAUAGUUAAUACACUGGGUUCAUGCCCUCUGAAACUGGCUCACAUUUACAUGGUGGAAAUUCUAUGGAUCAUGCCUGAAGAACUCUGAAGCACACUCCAUGGACUACGAGCCUAGCAUUUUCUUUGGUUUAGAUAGCAAAGAUAUUUUCUCGUCCAAAUUUUAGCACUGAAUGACUAACUAAUUUAGCUCUUUUGUGAACAGAAUAAAUAAAAUACUUAAUUUUUGUUAAGGAAAAUGGUGAAUGUAUAUAUAUUUAUAUACCCACUGCUACCAACCAUAAGAUCAGGAAAUAAAAUAAAUGAUACAGUGGCUGUAACUGACAUACAAAUGUAUGCAUAAAUCAACUUAAAUAACUUUAUAGACAUAUCUAUAUACAAUAAGGCAUUUCCUACAUUACAGGUAGGUAAGUACAUACAUUAUAUCAUAUAUACACAUCUAUUAUAGUACAUGUGCACAGUUUUUGUUUAUUGAUAUAAUAUCAGCCCUUAAAAAAUACUGAAUACAAACAGGCCUUUCAAAAUAAUAUUUCAUUCAACACCUUUUAUAACAAUAUGAUUCAAUUGUGAAAACAAAAAUGGCUAACCUCUGGUGAAUUCAUAUUGAAUGCUAAGAGUGUAGAAAGUUGCACCAGGGACAUGACGUUAAGCCUCACAGUAAAUGCAGACAAAAGGUGCAAAACACUGUGAAGAAGACUAUGUAGAAAAUGUUGGCUAAUAUACUUAAAAUUUCUCUGCACGGUGCUUACAUGGAGAGAGAGAGAGAGAGAGAGCCUAU